UAAAUUUAAGUAUUGGGCACAGUAGUAGCAAGCACUUACAUUUGAUAUGUGAAAUCAAUGUCAUUCUCUCACUGUGUGGUAAGGGGAGGGAUUUUUCAUUUUUUUUGUUGUAUGAAAGAUCUUGGAGAGAGAAAGUGAAAGAGAGAGAAACAGCGGAAUACGGUUGGAUUUACUGGUAAACCCAAGUAAAUGUGCAGUUAGGUUAUCAAUUCUGGUUGUAUGUUUUUGGAUUUACUGGUAACCCAAGUAAAUGUGCUGUUAGGUUGCUGUUAUUUGUGUUGCAAUUAAGAGAGAGAAAUAGAGAAAGGGAAAGAUAAAAGACAGAAAGGUCCAGUUGGGGUUUUUUUAUUAGCUGGGUUUUAGUUGAUUAAUGGAGGUGUGGUUUUUGGGGUUGAAGGAGGGAUCUUUGUAUGCUAUGUUUUGUUUCUGUUAAACCAUUUUGGCUCUUGUUUUUUCAAGUGUCUUGUUUGGGGUUAGGGGCAGUUUUCCUUGUUACCUUUUGGGAUCUUGGUUUUGAGGUUCCAGGGCUUCAGUUGUUCAGCCUUUGACUCAUUAGUCUCUUCAUUGGUUCCCUUCCAAGUUUUUUGUCUUCCUUGUACUUUCUUUAAAAAAAAUGGGCUUUUGACUUUUCCAAAUUUGGGUUCUUUUCUGUGGGUUUUGCACCUGAAUUUUUUUUGAACUGAUGCUGAGAUGCUUUGUUUCUCAUAUUGGAGCCUGAGAUUUGUUUCUGGCUUUCUUUCCCCAAUAAAUUUUUGGUUCGUUAUGGGCUGUUUCUCUAUGAAUUGAAUCCUUUAUAAGGUGAAUUGAGGGCUUUCUUUAUCUGGUACAAGAUUCCUCCCUUUUGCUUUGAGCCCUAGGGUUUGAAAAUUGAACCCACAUAGGUAAAAAAGUGGGUUUUUGUUAGAUGUGUUAAAAACCUUUUUUUUUUUUUUGGUGGUGAAUCUUGAGCCAGUUUCUUCCUGGGUUUUGUCUGAAGUUUUCCCCUUUGAUGCAUCUUUCUCUGUGGAAACCCAUAUCUCACUGCGCUGCUCUGAUCUUAGACAAGAAGAGCAGGAGAAGAGAUGGGUCUGAAUCAGCUGCUGAAAUCAAGAAGAACAUUCUCCGGAAGCUACAUGAGAACAAGCUCAGGGAAGCUCUUGAAGAAGCAUCUGAGGAUGGGUCUUUAUUCAAGUCUCAAGACAUGGAAUUGGAACCUGAUUCACUAGCCAAUCAAGAUGAGAGCUUGGGACGAUCAAGAUCCCUUGCAAGACUCCAUGCCCAGCGUGAAUUCUUGCGAGCUACUGCUCUUGCUGCGGAACGUAUAUUUGAGAGUGAAGAUUCAAUCCCUGAUGUCCAUGAAGCUUUCAGUAAGUUCCUCAAAAUGUACCCAAAAUACCAGUCAUCAGAGAAGAUUGAUAAGUUGAGGUCAGAUGAGUAUGCACAUUUGUCACCAAAGGUAUGCCUUGAUUAUUGUGGAUUUGGGCUUUUCUCUUAUGUUCAAACUGUGCAUUACUGGGAGUCUUCUACAUUUAGCUUGUCUGAGAUAACUGCAAAUUUGAGUAACCAUGCACUUUACGGUGGUGCCGAGAAAGGCACUGUAGAAUAUGACAUUAAGAGUAGGAUAAUGGAUUAUUUGAACAUUCCUGAACAUGAGUAUGGCCUUGUGUUUACUGUAAGUAGGGGGUCUGCGUUUAAGUUGCUGGCUGACUCAUAUCCUUUUCACACGAAUAAGAAAUUAUUGACCAUGUUUGAUUACGAUAGUCAAUCUGUGAAUUGGAUGGCACAGAGUGCUAGGGAGAAGGGUGCAAAAGUUUAUAGUGCUUGGUUUAAAUGGCCAACUCUUAAACUUUGUUCUACUGACUUGAGAAAGCAGAUUUCAAAUAAAAAGAGGAGGAAGAAGGAUUCCGCCACUGGUCUUUUUGUUUUUCCAGUGCAGUCUAGAGUAACAGGGGCUAAGUACUCAUAUCAGUGGAUGGCAUUGGCGCAGCAGAACAAUUGGCAUGUCUUGCUUGAUGCUGGGUCAUUGGGUCCCAAAGACAUGGAUUCACUUGGCCUGUCCUUGUUUCGGCCAGAUUUCAUUAUCACAUCAUUCUACAGGGUGUUUGGAUAUGAUCCAACUGGCUUUGGGUGCCUUCUUAUAAAAAAAUCUGUCAUGGGAAGCCUUCAGAACCAGUCUGGAUCUACUGGUUCUGGAAUGGUGAAGAUUACCCCUGAGUAUCCUCUCUAUCUGAGUGAUUCUGUAGAUGUUCUUGAUGGAUUGGGUGGAAUUGAGGACAAUGAAAUUGGUGCGAAUGGUGAGAAGCCCUCUGAAAACCGUCCAGGGACUCAGUUGCCUGCCUUUUCUGGUGCCUACACAUCUGCCCAGGUUAGGGAUGUAUUUGAGACUGAAAUGGAUCAAGAUAAUAGUUCUGACAGAGAUGGAGCAAGCACCAUAUUUGAAGAAACUGAGAGCAUUUCUGUAGGAGAAGUGAUGAAAAGCCCCGUCUUCAGUGAAGAUGAAUCAUCAGACAACUCAUUCUGGAUUGAUUUGGGUCAGAGUCCAGUGGGGUCUGAUAGUGCAGGUCAGUUGAACAAACAGAAAAUUGCCUCCCCUUUGCCACCUUUUUGGUUUAGUGGCAGGAAGAACCACAAGCAGCUCUCUCCAAAGCCAACAUCAAAGAUAUAUGGCAGCCCAAUAUAUGAUGAUAAAGAUGUUAACCUGGGGCAUGAUGAUCAUCAUGUGUUAUCCUUUGAUGCUGCUGUCUUGUCAGUUUCACAGGAACUGGACUGUGUGAAGGAGAUUUCUGAAGAAGAACAAUUUGCUGGAACAAACAUCACUUCACAAAAUCAUAAGAAGGCUUCAAAUCAUUCGCAUGUUCUGGAAAUAGAGGAAGAGCAGGGUACCACCAAACCACUGUCUGUGGGGUCUGUAUCUAGUUCUGCUAUUAAUGGAGCUCGUCUCAAUAACUCUUCUGUCUUUCCGAAAAAUGGCCUAGCAAAUGGCUUAAUUUCUGAAGUUUCCUCGGAGAUUAAAGAGAGUGCCAUAAGAAGAGAAACUGAAGGUGAAUUUAGGUUGUUGGGGAGGAGGGAAGGGAAUAGAUAUAAUGGUGGCAGAUUUUUUGGGUUAGAAGAUGAACAUCCAAGCAGGGGAAGAAGGGUGUCCUUUAGCAUGGAGGAUUGCCGUAAAGAGCACCUUAGUCAUACUUUGGAGCCGGGAGAAGCGUCUGGGACCAGCCUUGAUGAUGAAGACUAUGCCAGUGAUGGAGAAUAUGGUAAUGGGCAAGAUUGGGACAGGAGGGAGCCUGAGAUAAUAUGUCGGCAUCUUGAUCAUGUUAAUAUGUUGGGGCUCAAUAAAACCACUCUUAGAUUAAGGUUUUUGAUUAAUUGGCUUGUAACCUCAUUACUGCAGCUCAAAUUACCCAGUUCAGAUGGAGAUAGCAGAGUGAAUCUUGUUCAUAUAUAUGGCCCAAAAAUAAAAUAUGAGAGGGGUGCAGCUGUGGCUUUCAAUGUGAGGGAUAGAAACAAGGGCUUCAUUAAUCCAGAGGUUGUACAGAAGUUGGCUGAAGGAGAAGGUAUGUCUCUCGGUAUUGGUUUCCUCAGUCACAUUCGAAUAUUAGACAGUCCACGACAACAGCGAGGGGCUUUGAACCUUGAAGAUGCUACCCUGUGCAGACCAAUGGAAAAUGGGCGACAUGAUGGGAAAAGUGGGUUCAUAAGAGUUGAGGUUGUCACAGCUUCUCUCAGCUUCCUGACUAAUUUUGAGGAUGUCUAUAAGUUGUGGGCUUUUGUGGCAAAGUUCCUUAACCCAACAUUCAUCAGAGAGGAUACACUUCCAACCGUUGUAGAGGAAGAAUCAGAGACAUAACUUCUGAAAUUGAGCAAUUCAAGAUCAUUUGCAAAAUAAUCCGAGAGUCUGAGUGGAAGAUUCAGAAGACCAUGGAGAGUAUUUGAAGGUCACAGUAUAAGGAGGGUUGCUCUUCCUCAAGACUCUCGGAUACAAGCGGGUGAAUUUGUUAAUUCAUGUUUGUUGUUGCUUGAAAUUUUCUUCUCUUUUUGGGUUCUUGUAGAGUUGGUUUUAGUAAUAUGUACCAUUUGGGAAGUUACCAUGACCUCAAAGCAGAAGUAUAUGGGCAUAAUUCUUACCGCUUAGCAGUCUGCUUUUGGUUUAUUUAUACACAUUUCAUUUUUCUUCUCUGUAAAAAGAAGCAGCUAAUUUUACCUUCUGCAGUUCAAAUACAAGCACUAAGAUUCUGGUUUGUCUAUUUGUUGUUAUUGAACUAUUUUGCGUUUGAUUCAAGUCAGGACAGACAAGCUUUAAAGUGAUUUGGACCUGGAAGUCCGGAAGUUUCAGGAUUGUCUUUCCUCUAGACUUAGUUUAUGGUUAGAAAUUUGUGUUGGCUAUACUAAAUUAUGUCUUGAUUUCGAAUUAGAGGGCUGACAGUGUUAGGAAAUCUAGGGUAGAUGCUGGUGGAUGAAACAUGAGAGGGCAAUUUUCAGAGAAGAUUGUAAGUUUUAAAAGGUCACACAGGAUCUGAAUAAUAUGAUAAUCUCUUAAAUUAACAUAUUUUUCUGUCUGUUGCUAAGAUGUAAAUAAAUAUUAUUUUGGAUAGACAUAAUAGAAUUAAUUAGAUAUAAUCCUUUUUAGAGAGAGAAUGGAGUGGAAUUGGUAAGCAGUAGUAGUUUGACGUUGAACAAGAAAAAGAUGAUGCA